AUGGGUCGCCCUGCCAGCAUGUCUCUGAUGUACAAUCAAGGGGUGAUAGCAGCCUGCGUGGACUCGCCCACUCCGGAGUCAGCUCGAGCCCGAACAGGAGCUGCAGCUGCACAGAGGCAGUCUCGUUUACCUGUGAUUGGAGAUGCAGUGAAUGCGGUGAGUUUACAGUUCCUAGCAGGGCUCAAGGGACCCUUUAUGCUCCCAGCACUCCCGUAUCAGGAAAUGUCUUUGAGUGGGGUGUCUCGGAAACUGAUUCUGGUAGCAAGCACAGACUCGGUAUCCUCAAGCAUCCAAAGAAGCAGCAUCACCAUGCUCCCAAGUGAGAUGACUUUUCGAUUUUUCCAAAUAUCCCAGAUUUGUAUCGGCAUUCUGGGGAACUCAGCGCUGUUUAUUUUCUACUCUUACACCUACUGCAUUCAGGCCCCUCUGAAGAAGCCCAUAGACCUAAUAUUCAUGCACCUGAUGCUGGUGAACACUCUCAGCAUGUUCAAGCUCAUCCCAGAAGUUAUGCCCUCCUUUUCCAUCCGUCAUUUCCUAGAUGACCUUGGCUGUAAGAUGACUGUGUACACCUUCCGGGUCAUCCGCGGUCUUCCCAUCUGCACCACCAUGCUCUUGACUCUUUUCCAAGCUGUCACCAUCAGUCCCAGCCAUUCCAAGUGGGCCUGGCUUAAAUUGAGAAUUUCAGGCUGCAUCUUCCCUUCUCUGUUUUUCUUCUGGCUCAUCAACAUGGUCACCUACAGCCACAUCAUUAGGGCUGUGGGGGCCACUGGCUAUAAUCGCUCCAUGCCAAAUGCCGGAUAUUAUCAACUAAACUGCCAGGCAAUUUCUGUUGACUAUUCAAACUCCAAGGUGAUUCUGAGUGGCAUGAUGCUUCAGGAAUUGGUCUUUGUGGUGUUCAUGGUGGGGUCCAGUCUCUACAUGGUGGCUCUCCUUUAUAGGCACCACCAGAGGGUUCGGCAUGUGCUCAGCACUCAUCUGUCCUCCCCUUCCUAUCCUGAGGUCAGAGCCACCCAGAGUAUCAUCCUGCUUGUCAGCUGCUUCAUCUUUUUCUACUGCCUGAAUAACUUCCUGACCUUCUAUAUACUUUUUAACCCUGACAAAGUUGUUGAACUGGAUCAAAUUAAUGGGGUCCUAUCCUCAGGCUACCCCACUCUCUGUCCUAUUGUGCUGCUGAGAAACACAAAGAUUCCUUUCCAGUUUCACAAAUCCAUGCUCAUGGUGAGAGCUGCCUUUGGAAAAAAGACAAGGAGCAGGAGAUGGGAAUGA